AUGGGUCUCCUCGUACUGCUCCUGGGCUUGGUCUUUGCAUCAAUGUAUGUGUACAGAUACUUCUUCAUCAGCCAGCUGCCACACGAAAGCGUGUUUCACUGCGGUGUCCUUUACGAAGACUCGCUGUAUUCGCCAUUCAAAGGGCAGCUGGAGUUGCACGAAGAUGUCAAGAUUUACAUUGAGGAGAACUAUGAGCAAAUCAACGUCCCAGUGCCCCAGUUUGGAGGGAGUGACCCUGCGGAUAUCAUCCACGACUUCCAGCGAGGUCUGACAGCUUAUCAUGACAUAACGCUGGAUAAGUGCUACGUUAUUGAGCUGAACACCACGAUCGUGAUGCCUCCUCGCAACCUGUGGGAGCUGCUGGUUAAUGUGAAGAAAGGGACAUACCUGCCUCAGACAUACAUAAUCCAGGAGGAAAUGAUUGCGACCGAGCAUGUCAGUGACAUGGAGCAGCUCGGCUCCUUCAUCUACCGCCUCUGCAGCGGCAAGGAGACCUACAGGCUGAAACGGAGGAGCACAAGGAGACGUAUCAGUCGACGUGAGGCUGGAAACUGUCAUCGUAUUCGUCACUUUGAAAACACUUUUGUGGUUGAAACUGUUAUCUGCAAAAAGUCAUGA